UUUUUACGAUAACGGGUCACACUGUUAUGCGCAUCAUUUUGAAUUGAACGGACGACGCCGCGUCGGUGCUACAUCUUGCUGAGGAAUUUCAUUGGAUUUUAAGGUCUUUCAAGGCUUUAUUUAGCUGUUAAAAAGUUGACCAGAGUAAACGUGUACAUUUCCAAGUGCUGGAAACAAAAGUUUCACAAAAGCACACACACGCACACCAUAUCAUCAUUGUGGCAUCAUUUUUACGCGCUAAAAAGUGAAUUUUGAGUUUUGUGCUGUAAAAUGGACACAUCGAACAACAUACGCCUGCAACUUCAGCAGCAGGCACGCAAAUCGAAUCAAAACAUUCAGGUCUAUGUGCGCGUUAGGCCGCUGAAUGCACGCGAGCGAUGCAUACGCUCCGCAGAGGUUGUUGAUGUGCUCAAUCCACGCGAGAUCCUCACACGCCACACCCUCGACUCGAAGUUGACGAAGAAGUUCACGUUUGAUCGGAGCUUCGGCCCCGAUUCCAAGCAAUGCGAUGUCUAUGCGGUGGUGGUGUCGCCCCUGAUCGAAGAGGUGCUAAGCGGCUACAAUUGCACGGUGUUCGCGUACGGACAGACGGGCACUGGCAAGACGCACACGAUGGUGGGGAAUGAGACCGCAGAGUUGAAGUCCUCUUGGGAAGAUGACUCUGAUGUGGGCAUCAUACCGCGUGCCUUGAGUCACCUUUUCGACGAACUCCGCAUGAUGGAAGUUGAGUUUACGAUGCGCAUCUCCUACCUGGAGCUGUACAACGAGGAGCUGUGCGACCUCCUCUCCACCGAUGACUCCACAAAGAUACGCAUCUUCGACGACAGCACAAAGAAGGGUUCGGUGAUCAUCCAGGGCCUCGAGGAGAUCACUGUCCAGAGCAAGGACGAUGUCUACAAGCUCCUGGAGAAGGGCAAGGAGCGACGCAAGACCGCGACCACCCUGAUGAACGCGCAGUCCUCGCGCAGCCACACCGUCUUCUCCAUAGUGGUGCACAUUCGUGAGAACGGCAUCGAUGGCGAGGAUAUGCUGAAGAUCGGAAAACUCAAUCUGGUGGAUCUGGCGGGCAGCGAGAACGUCUCCAAGGCGGGCAACGAGAAGGGGAUACGCGUGCGCGAGACGGUCAACAUUAACCAGAGCCUCCUGACGCUGGGCCGUGUGAUCACCGCUCUGGUGGAUCGGGCCCCCCAUGUCCCGUACCGCGAAUCGAAGCUGACGCGCCUGCUGCAGGAGUCGCUGGGCGGCCGGACAAAGACCUCGAUCAUUGCCACCAUCUCGCCAGGGCACAAGGACAUUGACGAGACACUCAGCACGCUGGAGUACGCGCAUCGGGCGAAGAAUAUCCAGAAUAAGCCAGAAGUCAAUCAGAAGCUAACCAAGAAGACGGUCCUCAAGGAGUACACCGAGGAGAUUGACAAACUGAAGCGAGAUCUCCUCGCAGCGCGAGACAAGAAUGGCAUCUAUCUGGCGGAGGAGACCUACGGGGAGAUGACCAUGAAAAUGGACUCGCAGAAUCGAGAGCUCAACGAGAAGAUGUUGCUGCUGAAGGCCCUCAAAGAUGAGCUGCAGUCGAAGGAGAAGUCCUUCCACGAUAUUAGCGUGAUUCUCAUGGCGAAGACCCAGGAGCUGAAGAAAACAGAGCAGCACCUAACCGACACCAAGGGGAGUCUGCUGCUGACAAAGAAGGUCCUCACGAAGACCAAGCGCCGCUACAAGGAGAAGAAACAGCUGGUGGUCUCGCACAUGAAAACGGAGGAGACGCUCACGACGCAGGCGCAUAAAAUCCUGGCCGUGGCAGAUCUGGCCACCAAUGAAACGGAGCAGCUUCAUGGCACCAUCGAACGGCGAAGGGACACCGAUGAAAAGAUACGCAGUGCCUGCGAUCAGUUCAAGGAUCGCAUGCAGGACAAUCUGGAGGUGAUUGGCGGCAGCCUAAGUCUCUAUUUGGAGCAGCAGGCGGCCUCCAAGCAGCAUCUGAGCCAGGAAUUGGAAAACUCCAAUAGCGUGGUGCAACGCUUGACUGUGAAUGCCAGCAAAAGCAUCGAAAUGCUCAAGGUGAUCUGCAGCCAAUCGCUGAAGGAUCAGGAGCAGCUGCAGGCGAAGCUAGUGGCGGAUAUAUCGGAGCACUGCGAUGGGCAUACGACAAUGUUGGUCGAGGCGUUGCUGGAUCAACUGCAGCAGCGGGAGAGGCAGUUGCGGGAGGAUAUCCAUCUGCAGGUGCUGGAGCUGGAGGAGAACAACCACAGCCACAAGGCCAUGCUGGAGUCCAUGCAGCAGCGGCUCUCCAGCAUCAUUGCAAACAGUGCAGAGUCGUUGGAGAAACAUGUGACGGAGGUGCAGCGGCAGCUGGAGCUCCUCAGCGAACUUUCUCUGCCCGAUGCGGAGAAUCUGCAGCAGCUGCAAGCGGAGGUGGCCAACGAGCGGGCACUGGCCCACCAGGAGGAGGCUCUGAUCGAGUCGCUGAUGAUGCAAUUGGAGCAGUUCAAGGAACUGAGGGCCAAGAACAGCCACAGCAUGUCCCAACGCCUCUUGCAAAUGGAGGAGAAUCGCCUGCAAAAGAGCAAAAAAGUGGAAAAGACGAAGGCCAGUGUGCAGGCCUACCAGAUAGAAGGAUCCGCCGCCUCGCAGGCGGCCCAAGCAGAACUCUCCGCCCAAAUGGCAAGCGGCAUGCGGUGCGUGGACUUGGGCGUGGCCAAGUGCUCGAUGCUGCAGGCCCACAUGACGAAUCUCUGCCAGGAGUUCGUCAAAAACACGGAUUUGAAUGUCGUGGCGUGUCGCAAUAACCUUCAGAACGUGAAGGCCAUGUGCCUAGACAAUGGCAAGGAGCGGGAUACUCUCAAAGAGAAACAGCUAAAGGAACUGGAGAACGUAUGCGAGGAGAGGCUGCAGCUAGAGAGAGAGGAACGCCAGCGGUUCAUUGGACACUCUACUGUUGCCGUCGACCUUGUGGAACAGCUACAGCAACAAACGACAGAACAUGAGACCUUGCAGCGCCAACAGCUGCAAAUUUGCGAUCAGGACGUCAUCCGCUUCCAGCAGAACGAACUGAAGACCUAUGCCCCUACGGGAACAACCCCCUCGAAGCGAGAUUUCGUGUAUCCACGUUCGCUGGUGGCCACGUCCCCCCAUCAGGACAUAGUGAGGCGUUACCGUCAAGAGCAGGAUUGGUCGGAUUUGGAUACCACAGCCACCAUAGAUGAGUGCAGCGAGGGUGAGCAGGAGGACUCUCUGCACUCCGUUCAGGAGCUCUCCGAAACGGAGACCCUCAUGAAUUCAACUCCCAUCGAGGGCACUGUGACUGGCAUCAACAUGAAACGCGGCUGCGGCACCACACGCAGCAUGAACUCGAAUGCUUUGAAGCCGCCAGUGUCUAGCUCACUGUCCCGCUCCCUGACUCCCAGAAAAUCAUCGCCGCGUGGAUCUCCAGCCUUUAAGAGACACAACAAAGAGAACGUGUCCUGAAUCGAUCGGGGGAUCGAUGGCGCACAUAUAUCUCUAUCUAUAUCUACAUCUGCUACUUGCCCCAGUACUCCACUCACCUUUCAUUCGCCGGCAAUUCCCUGGAGAUUCUUUUGUUUUUUUUCUUCUUCUGUAUGCUGCACAAUUUAAUAAUUAAAUAAACUUAAUGCUAAGCAAACCCCUUGCCUUGGACCUUGGGCAGACCACUUUAAA